AUGAUUCCUUUGUUCAUCGGAACUUGUGAAAACAGGUUUGAUCUGUACUACACGAAUUCUCUUAAUAGCGUGGUUGCCAACAGAAACUACAUAUGUACAUGGUUCUCUGUUGCCGACUUUGAAACAAAACACCGCGCGGAAACCCGCAUCAGGUUAUUAGCCAAUAAUGGUGCACGCUUCAGUGAUGUCUCACCCGGACGUGGCCAGCUGUGGGUCAAACUUGAUAUGAGCAACAAGACGAAGAUGACUGGCAUCAAGGUUGCAGCUCUGUACAUAACUAUUGUCAACGUCACGACAACAACUGUCCCAGUUCGAGACGCGGCCUCUCAGCACAACUCGUCAUUCAACGAAAAGCUCCGAACACCGUCUGGCAGCAGCAGCGCCAGCUUUGUUGACCUCACUGGCCCGGCUCUUAUGCCAACCAUGACACGCGAGGAAGCGCUAGCGAAGAUUCGGAGAAACUGGUGCCAAGCGCGAAAGAUUUCAAACAUCAAAAUUGACGUUCUUUUUCUUUCCCCUGUUUUUCUUGCAUUGAAGCCAGGGGCAUUUCUUCUGAGGGAUUCCAUGCUUUAUCAGUUCAUGAAUGUUGGUGCUGCUGCUUUUCCAGGGCAGGACGACCCGAAAAAGUGGGGGCGCAGCUGGAGAACUUCGUCUCAUACCGUUCAAGCCCCUUUGAAUAUGAAGUCCCUGCUUAACCUGUCCAACGAAAUUCUUGGCGACAUAAUUGUCCUUGCACUUGAGCUGAAUGACACGCGCCUGCCACUUCGUUAUCGUUGCGGUAUCCUUUAUACGGACUUCCGAUGUCGUAGAUAUGGAUACUAUAAGGAUUUUUGGUGCUUGCUGCAUAGCUGCAGAAGACUCAGGGAAUGCACUUUUGACCAGAUGCUACAACGGGCCAACUUUGUAAUUCACGAAACUACAGGCCUCCAGCUGCUUGUCGCUGACUUUCGCCGAAAUGGCUUCUUGUCUCGGCUGAAAAAUCUCGACUUUUGUUUUUCGACUGAAGAGUACGACGGCAUCUACGGCGGAAAUAACAGGGACUUGGAGAGUCGCGCGGCUCUGACCGACGUUGCGGCCAUUCUCUCCCAGCUUCCAGCGGGCUUGCGGCGGCUAGAAAUGAAUUUCAUCACUGAUGAAACUGGCUUGGACUUUGGUGCGCCUUUGCCGUCACUUAUACGGGCUUUGCAUCGUUUCCAAGAGCUUGAAGAACUCCUCUGGUACUGUGAUUUGAGCUUGUUCGAUUUUGAAUGGUACCCAGCAGCACCGCCCUUUGGCCAGUGGGCUACCGUUGCUGACUGCUACAAACGCUCAACAAACCCCGAUUACGUCAAAGAUAUCCCAAGAGACCGUUUCCAGGAUAUUCCGUUUACGAUACCGCGGGAUAAACCGGCGUUUCCAGCGUUGAGCAGACUGACACUUACCAGCACCAUUGUGCUUCUUCCUCAUCAAAUGGCGGAAGCAUUGUCCGCGCAGCAGUUACCAUCGCUCUCCUGUCUGCAUUUCUUAAACAUCAGGUGGCCUUAUAAUCCCGACGACAUGGAUCCAGUAGAAUGGCCUAUUGGUCGGCGGUGCUUUGCCCGAAUGAAUGCACUGACCGAAUUUCGCUGGGAAGCAGACGACGUGACAACUCGAUUCCAGAGCUUGGAAGGUCCACCAGAGUGUCAUAUUCCCCCUACAGCAGAGACAUUGGCAGCCAUUAGGGACUUUCACGGGAGUUCCUUGAGGAAACUCACAAUCAACUACCAGGACUACCCCUACUUUGGAGACGAAUCUCGAGGCUCCCGCUACGUCAAUAUCGACGGCAUCCACUGGGUCAAAUUUACAGGAGAAAUGACCGCUUUAGAGCGCAUCUACGUUGUCUUCAAUGAUAGUCGUCCAAAUUUUACCAAGGGCUACGACAGAGAUGGAGAAUGA